AUGCCAACUGGUGUUAGGCAUUACAACUUUGGUGUAGAGAUUGAGGCUGUUGCCAAGCCAUACGGGAAUUGCGACAGCUUCACAAACGUGGAUUGGUAUCGACAGUUGGCACAGAAACUACGGAACCGGGGCAUUCAGGCAGUCCAUGAUGAUUGCUCAAAGUACAGCAAGCAUCCAGAGUACUAUGGUGGGAAGUGGUUUGUCACCCGCGACGGAUCGCUGAAGCGGCCACGGCCAUAUGUAUGCAUGGAGGUUGUAUCCCCAAAGCUUGACACCAUGCAUGGCGUGAGCCCUAUCUUCUCCGACUUUUGGGAGGCCAUGCGCGUGCAUUUCAAGCCUCAAGAGGACAUUUCAUGCGGCGGGCAUGUGCAUGUGACGCCAGUCAACCUCAAAAACAAAUUCUCUCUCAGAACGCUAAAGAGGGUUGCCUUUGCAACGGUCGUAUACGAAGAUUACGUUGCGGAGAUUCUGCCCGCGACUCGCCGCGACAACCACUAUUGCCGUCUUAAUAGCGAGAGCCUCGAGUGUGGACUGAACAAGACUCUGGGCUGGAAAAAGAGCUCAGGCGCCCUUCGCAAAGUGGCUGCCGAGAUCAAAUCCAAGACCAAGAAGGCGGAUUUGUGCCACUACAUGCAGGGCAACCGCUACGUCCUAUGGAAUUUCCAGAACAUCUAUCCACGUCGGAAGGCAAAGCGAUGCACAGGGACCAUUGAGUUCCGAGGCGGGAACCAAUUUCUCAAUACCAAGGGGACAUUGGCCUGGGUGGCCUUUGUGCUGGGAUUCAUCACUCUGGCGAAGGAAGAGGACCUUCUCAACAACUACUAUUCCUACGUACCGCCCACGGAUCCCAGCUGGCCCCAUCGCGCCAAAGAGUGGUGGAAGCGCAUCCGACAGGCGGCGAAGCAGUCGCGGAUGGGCAGGCAUCUGCCCGACACAUAUGCAGAAAUGCAAACAAAGUGA